GUGGCACAUUGACAGAGCUCCAGCCACGCGACCCGACUACGGGCGGCACUCAGCUAUCACUAAAUUCCAGAACCUUGCUGUCCACCUCUCACACCACCCGACCUACAGACUCAAGAUCCUUAUAGUCGCUGCCGCAUUGUUUACCACCAUCUAUCCAGGAUACCAAUUUUCUUGUUCUCUCAACCAAAUACCCUCAGUUUGCCGAAAUGACACAACUUCCCUAUGCAGUGGAUGCGGAAACUCCGCUCAAUCCCGCCGAGCUCAAUGUUCUGCGGGCGCAAUAUGAGAAGGAGGGGGAGAUGGUUGGCGUCCAGACCAAGUUCAACUACGCAUGGGGCCUAGUAAAGUCCAACGUACGAGCCGACCAACACCUCGGCGUCAUGCUGCUAUCAGAAAUCUUCCGAACAUCCCCCGAGCGCCGCCGCGAAUGCCUAUACUACCUCGCCCUCGGAAACUACAAGCUCGGUAACUACGCGCAAGCGAGGAAAUACAACGACGCCCUCCUAGAAAACGAGCCGGCAAACCUCCAGGCCGCCAACCUCCGGGCCCUGAUCGAUGACAAGGUGACCAAGGAGGGUCUGAUGGGUGUGGCCAUCAUUAGUGGUGUGGCUGUUGCCGCCGGUGUCAUAGGAGGUGUUUUGCUCAGGAACUUGGGCCGCAAGAGGUGAUAGGUAGGAGGAGUAACCGGCCGACUGGUGGCAUAUGACAGAAGGUGAAAGAGCAGAAAGUGCCGCUCCUUUGACGAUAUGGGAUAACAGGGUCCGGUGUGUAUAAUAUGGGCGAUGAUUUGACGAGCCAAAUCCCCCUUUCCUUGUUUGAAGUUCCGAUAACUGGACUACAGACAUUCUUUUCUAUAAGAUAUAGGCGUUCGGAUUCACCUGACCUCUCCCAGUGCUGGUGUUUGCUCGGUAGACCUACUCUCUGGCUGCUUUCCGUUCGAAUCCCACGUGGCUCCUGUCCGACCUUGAGCUUCAGGACGGCGUGGACUUUAUUUACUGGAUCCAGGAGCGACCCCAGAUAUUGGAUGAUCGAGGAUGUCGUGUCAGUCCUUGGCGCUAGCCUUGAAGAACUGUGACAACACAAACGUGCUCCUCUUUGAAGGCUUAGACCCUG